CCACCACCACCUCGCUGCCGCAAUGAAGGACCGGUCGCCACCGUCAUCGUACGGCGCCGUCUACGUUCCUCCCCACCGCCUCCGCUCCGUCAUCACUACCCCUGCUUCGUCCAAUCACUCUUCCUCUGCUUCCGUCGUCGACUCCAAGACUGUCAGCACCAACAGCUUCGCAAACCCUAGAGCCAAUCCCUACCCUUACUUGCCCCACAAUCAGUAUCAACACAAUCAACAGCACCAACAGCAGCAGCGAAAGAAGAAUUAUCAGUUCGUUUUCGACGAUGAUUUUUGCGAGGCAGGUUCCGAUCGUGACAUCGAGCCUUCGUCCAAUCCAGGCACUUCUAUCUCUGAUGACGUUGGCGGGUGGAGAUGGAAGUUGACUACAUUUUUACGUAGCAAGGAUAAACAAGAAUUGGUGUCUAGGGAGAAAAAGGAUAGACAUGAUUUUGAGCAAAUAGCGGCUUUGGCAAGCAAAAUGGGUUUGUAUAGCCAUUUAUACAUAAAAGUUGUCGUUGUUAGUAAGGUCCCACUGCCAAACUAUAGAUUUGAUCUGGAUGAUAAGCGGCCACAGAGAGAGGUGAUCUUACCUCCUGGUUUACAAAGGAGAGUGGAUUGUUAUCUUGGAGAAUACCUUUCUCAAAAGUCAAGGAGUAUGGAAGGUUUUUGGGAUAUUUCAAGAUCAAACAGUAGCUGUAGCAUUGCCACUGACGAGGGGCUUUUUGAGCAACCAGAGCCACUGCCACAGAGUAAGGCUGCCAUGGAGAACAUCAUUUGGAAAAGAAGUUUGCAAAUGCGCAGUCAGCAACAAGUUUGGCAGGAAUCUUCAGAAGGUAGAAAGCUGCUGGAAUUUCGUAGGAGUCUUCCUGCUUAUAAAGAGAAGGAGGCUUUAUUAAUGGCCAUUUCACAGAAUCAGGUUGUUAUCGUCUCAGGUGAAACUGGGUGUGGGAAAACCACUCAGAUUCCCCAAUUCAUUUUAGAAUCUGAGAUUGAAUCUGUUCAUGGAGCACAAUGUAGCAUUAUCUGUACUCAGCCUCGACGAAUAUCUGCUAUGUCUGUUUCUGAAAGGGUUGCCACAGAGAGGGGAGAGAAAUUGGGUGAGAUGAUUGGUUAUAAAGUUCGGCUGGAGGGUAUGAAAGGGAGGGACACCCACCUACUCUUUUGCACCACUGGCAUCUUGUUGAGAAGAUUACUGGUAGAUAGAAAUUUGAAGGGUAUAACCCAUGUUAUUGUCGAUGAGAUUCAUGAACGUGGAAUGAAUGAAGAUUUUCUACUUAUUGUACUGAAAGAUCUUCUGCCUCGGCGGCCUGAACUGAGGCUGAUUUUGAUGAGUGCAACCUUAGAUGCAGAGCUUUUCUCUUCCUACUUUGGUGGGGCUCCGACUGUUCACAUUCCGGGCUUUACCUACCCUGUUCAAACUCAUUUCCUGGAAAAUAUUCUCGAAAUGACGGGGUACCGAUUGACCCCAUACAAUCAAAUAGAUGAUUACGGUCAGGAAAAGAUGUGGAAAAUGAACAAACAAGCUCCAAGAAAGAGGAAGAGCCAAAUUGUUUCUGCUGUUGAGGAAGCACUAAGAGCUGCUGAUUUAAAGGAUUUUUCUCCAGACACACAAGACUCUUUGUCCUGUUGGAAUCCAGAUUGCAUUGGUUUUAACCUCAUCGAAUAUCUUCUAUGCAAUAUAUGUGAGAAAGAAAAGCCUGGAGCCGUUUUAGUUUUUAUGACGGGGUGGGAUGAUAUAAGCUCUCUGAAGGAUAAGCUCCUUGCUCAUCCUAUCUUGGGAGAUUCAGGCCGAGUUUUGUUGCUUGCGUGCCAUGGUUCAAUGGCGAGUGAAGAGCAGAGGUUGAUAUUUGACGAGCCCGAAGAUGGAGUGAGGAAAAUAGUAUUAGCAACUAAUAUUGCCGAGACUAGUAUAACAAUUAAUGAUGUCGUUUUUGUUAUUGACUGUGGAAAGGCGAAAGAGACAUCAUAUGAUGCACUGAAUAAUACUCCUUGUUUGCUUCCUUCCUGGAUAUCAAAGGUUUCUGCUCAACAAAGAAGAGGAAGAGCUGGCCGUGUUCGACCAGGAGAGUGCUACCAUCUUUAUCCCAAAUGUGUAUAUGAUGCUUUUGCAGAUUAUCAGUUGCCAGAAAUUUUGAGGACACCUUUGCAGUCACUUUGUCUGCAAAUCAAAAGUUUGAAACUUGGAAGUAUAUCUGAGUUCCUAUCUAGGGCUUUACAGUCGCCAGAAUUACUGGCGGUUCAAAAUGCUAUUGAAUAUUUAAAAAUUAUUGGGGCUUUGGAUGAGAAUGAAAAUUUGACUGUUUUAGGUCGCUACAUGACGAUGCUUCCGAUGGACCCCAAACUUGGAAAGAUGCUAAUACUUGGUGCUGUAUUCAAUUGCCUGGACCCAGUGUUGACUGUCGUUACCGGUCUUAGUGUCCGAGAUCCAUUCUUAACACCAAUGGACAAGAAGGAUCUAGCAGAAGCAGCAAAAGCACAAUUUUCACGUGAUUACAGUGAUCACCUUGCUCUUGUCCGGGCUUAUGAGGGCUGGAAAGAAGCUGAAAGAGACCUAGCUGGAUAUGAAUACUGCUGGAAGAAUUUUCUGUCUGCUCAAUCAAUGAAAGCUAUUGAUGCUCUGCGAAGGGAGUUCUACUCCUCACUUAAGGAUACUGGCCUUGUUGAUAGCAACAAUGCCACCUGCAAUGCAUGGAGUUAUGAUGAGCAUCUCAUUCGAGCUGUUAUUUGCUAUGGCUUGUAUCCUGGAAUUUGCUCUGUUGUGCACAAUGAAAAGUCAUUCUCGUUGAAAACAAUGGAGGAUGGUCAGGUGCUCUUGUACUCAAACUCCAUCAAUGCUCGAGAAUCUAAGAUUCCGUACCCAUGGCUAGUUUUCAAUGAAAAGAUCAAAGUGAACUCUGUUUUUCUUCGAGAUUCAACCGCUGUUUCUGAUUCGGUGCUGCUCCUAUUUGGUGGAAGUAUUUCAAGGGGGGAUACUGAUGGCCACUUAAAAAUGUUAGGAGGAUACUUGGAGUUCUUCAUGAAACCAGCCCUAGCAGAGAUGUACCAAAGCUUAAGGAGAGAGCUUGAUGAUUUAAUUCAGAACAAAUUGGUGAAUCCCAGAUUGGAGAUACACACCCAUCAUGAACUUAUGUCGGCAGUAAGGCUUCUAAUCUCAGAUGAUCGAUGUGAUGGCAAAUUUGUGUUCAACCGGCAGCUGAUAGAGCCCUCGAAGCUGUCUAUUACAGCAGCACCUCCGGCAUUGGUUUCAAGAACAGAGAGUGGUCCCGGGGGUGAUAAUUCGAAGAGCCAGCUCCAAACAUUGCUCACACGGGCAGGCUAUGCGGCUCCCACCUAUAAGACUAAGCAACUAAGUAACGGCCAGUUUCAAGCCACUGUGGAGUUCAAUGGAAUGCAGAUCAUGGGGCGGUCUUGCAACAACAAGAAGCAAGCGGAAAAAGAUGCAGCUGCUGAGGCUCUUGAAAAGCUUAUGGCUAGGACGCGUAGAGGCCAUGAUUAUAUUGAACAAAUGUCAAUCUUGCUGAAGAAGAGCAAGAGAGAUCAUAACUAAACUUUGAUGAGCACAGUAUCAAGUGCUGUUUUGAUUGCAAUUCUGAGGUAACAGUGUCAGUAGGCCUAUGAAAUCCUGAACAGCAUAAGCAAUCAGAUUGAUACUUCAGUGUCGAAAAUAAGAGAGAAGUCAAAGGUAAAACACCCCGAAUGGUUGUGAUUGCAUGGACGUUUUGGAUGCGAAGAUUAGCCUAUUUUUCUGCAUCUGGCCUCAACUUCUGUAGCGAGGUGGUUGGUAGUUACUUCGAAGUGUUCAUGGGAGGCAGAUGAUGCAGCAUUGGAAGCAGCAGCUCAAAGAGAAGAUUGUGAGAUUUGUUUUUUGUUUUUGUUUAUGUCAUGUCAGAGGUCACAUUGAUCCUGACUCUUCUCUUUGGUUUAUGUAUAUAUAUCAUCAUAAUAUUUCAGAAUUAUUAGAAUGCAAAAAGUUCCUAGGGGAUUCAAUUGUGCUGAUAAUUCUUGUGGGAUUGUUAGUGUUCGUGGACAGGAGGGGAGCUUCUAUUUCCACACAUGAUUUCCUCUCAGUGCACACCUUUUUGAUUCGGAAAUCAACUUCCGAAUAAAAUUAUUUGGUUCAGGAAUUAACUUUUGAACAAAAUUAUUUGGUUUGAUUGUAUCUUUGAUUCGGAAGUUGAUUUCCGAAUAGAACUCAUUGGUUUGGAAGUUGAUUUUUGAACAAAUUUUGGGUACUAUUUGAUAUGGUACGAGUGCAAUACUAAAAUGAUUGUAGUCUA